AUGCAGCUGGCUGCCACGGACAGGACUGGAACAGACUCCGCCGAGGCAUCAUCCAUGCUGGCGGUGGGGGACGAAGAGUACUCGGCGACGGCAUCUACGGCGGCGUGGAUGGGGGAGCAAGGGUGGAGGACGGCGGCGGCUCGAACAUGGGAAAUGGAGGAUGAACGUCUAAGGAGGACAGUCAAUUUGGUAGAUCUGGUCAAAUUGGUGGAAAUUGAGCUCAUAUUCCCUUUGAGCUUGAGCUACAAGCAGCUCGGCGCUCGUAUACAGUUGCAGUCUGGGUUGGCUCUGCCUAUAUACCACCCACCUCCGCGCAAGUGUUCAAGAGACAUCUCACUCACAGAUAAACGCAUCCCGUUGUAUGUCUCCACAGUAGCAAUGGAGAUGGAAAGGUCACUAUGGCUCGCGGUGCUGAUCCCUGCGAUCAUGGUGUCCUUCUACGGCGAGGCUGCCAUGGCGGACGCCCAGACAUCGCCGGACACAAACGUGCUGUGCGUCAGCAAGUGCGGGACGUGCCCGACGGUAUGUACCACGCCGCCGCCGCCGCCGGCGGCGGGCGGCGAUGGCAGCGGCUACUCCUCGCCGUCGCCUCCGCGCUCUAUGACGACUCAGCCAUCUCCAGCGGCCGUGCCGCAGCCGCAGGCCAAGGGAGGGAGCCCCAGCGGGUACUACUACUUCUUCACCGCUGGGAGCGGCCGGAGCUGCGCCACCUCCAGCGUUCGUUACACGCUACUGCUCCUGGCGCUUCUUCCCAUCGUCGCUGUUUAGGUUGCUGAAGAAUCUAGUGUGGCGCUCGGUGAGGACCCGGCGGCAACUCGAUCGGUCGGCUCCUACGUGUGGUUCCUUUAUUGGUGACUAAUUUAUCUGGUUAAGUUUGCCAUGUGCUUCCCUUCGAUCAAGAUGAUUUUCGAUAGUCACUGGUGUAAUUUGGAACUUUCGUUGUCAACCUGAAUUUGGCUGAUCA